AAUUUUUUUUUUCGGACAUAUGAAAGCAUCUCCUGGUAUCCAUUAUCGCGACGAAAAUGCUUAGUUGCUGUAAUAGCCACCUCGGUCACUCCCGCAGAACAGCCCGCGGCGCUGAGCUGCGGGGCCCCGGUGGCGGUGCGGGACUGCAUUCAAAAAACAUUGAAUGAAUGGAGCUCAAAGAUCGGACAAGAUCUAAAUCAGGAAGUACUGGAGGUUCUGGAAUGUACUAUAGCUCAAGCUAUAGAAAAAAUAAAUCCUGAAGAAAGAGAUGAGUUGAAAGUAUCAGCAAAACUUUUCAUCGUUGGAUCAAACUCUUCUUCAAUCAGAGAUGCAGUUGGCAUGGCGUGUUCUGCACUCGGAGUUGCUCAGUUAGAUUCUGUCAUUAUCGCCCCACCUCCUGUUGAAGAUGGAAUUAGCCUCUCCUUGGAGUAUUUACAACCUUAUUGGCAAGAACUCGAAAAUCUAGUUCAAAACAAAAAAAUUGUUGCCAUAGGUACCUCUGACUUAGAUAAAAUACUGUUAGAGCAGCUGUAUCUGUGGGCACAGGUGAAACCAAGUAGUAACCAGGUAAAUCUAGCUUCCUGUUGUGUUAUGCCACCUGAUCUUACAGCAUUUGCAAAACAAUUUGACAUACAGCUAUUAACUCACAAUGAUCCAAAAGAAUUGCUCUGUGAAGCAAGUUUCCAAGAAGUUCUUCAGGAAAGCAUCCAGAACACGAAAGCCCACGAAUGGACUCCUCUAUGGCUUCUCCGGUAUUCGGUCAUUGUUAAAAGCAGAGGAAUUAUCAAGUCCAAAGGCUAUAUCUUACAAGCUAAAAGAAAUGCCUCUUAAAACACUUCCUCAUUUCCACAAUACCUUGGUGUUUUAAUUUCUUGGGGACAAGGGGAACAUUGCUGCUUUUGUAGGAAGACUUUUCCAACAGCUGUAACAAAGACCAAAAGUUGUAAUUUUUCAAAGUGGUGUCAGCAGGAGUGUCUGCAGGGUCCUAAUACUAUUUUUCUUUCUUAACCUAUUCACCCGUUCAUUUAAAAUCUGAAACAUUUUGUUUUCAUUAAACUGUUUUCUAACUGAAAUUAUAUAUAAAGAAAAUGUUCAAAAUAUUUUUCUUUUAUAUGACCACUACACUGUAAAACCAUGACUAUAUUUUAGCUACCCUCAGGUAGUAUAAAGAAACUUGUGUAUUUUUAUUUUUUAACAGGUUGAAUUUCUUUUAAAUAAUAGCUACUAACCUGGUAGGUACCUAGAGAUCAGACUUUUGAAGACUAAUUUUUGUAGAUGACUCGUCUUUCAUGAAGAAUUAUCCAAAAAAAUAAAUUGGUAUGUCAUUACUUGGUAUGGGCACGUCAGCUGUUUAAUUUGUGUGGAUGGGAAAACCGGUUUAUUUUUAAUACAAUAUAAAAGACCUCUGGUGGUUGGGGGGGGGCAGGGAGAAAGCAUCUUCAGAACUACUUUGAGUGUUACUUGAAUUCUUUCUGGCUUCUUUGUACCUCUGUGUAAUUUAUAUGCAAGCAUGAUGACAUCUUUACAGUUUGAAAUAGAAAAUGUAUUAUUGCGUGUUUAAAGUAAGAGCUGGAAACAAAUGAUGAAAAACCUGUUAAUUGGAAAUCAUAAUGUGCCUGGUUUAUUCUCAACUGUGGCUCGUUUUUUGGUAUUCAGGAGCCACAGAAGAGAGAGUAAAUGUGAGGCUGUUCAUUGUAUGAUCAUGUACAAUGGAUGACUUUGAGGUUGCCUAGGGAAAUCUGUUGCUGGAGUGCCAUUCAGAAAUGACAUGAGCAUUUAGCUUGAAGCUAUGUAUGUUUCUUUGUGACACUAUCUUAAUGUGUACUGUACUGCUAGCUUUUGAAUCCUAGAGAGACUGCUGCAGCUAGGGCAAGGCAUCUGAUUUAACAACCUCUUUCUAUUGAACAGGCCUUUUCAUUUUCUAGGCCUUUAAAUCAGAGCAGAUACCAAGAACUCAACCUGUAGUUCAGCAGGGGCUUGAUGCUGAGUUUCUAAAAUCAAAUAAGCAUUUUCCUAGUGACUUCAGAUAGUAACAGGGCUUUAUGCUAGUACUUGUUAACUUAGUUUUACCUAUUUUGAAUUUGGACUGUGAGGGAAUUAACUUUCACUAUGUAGGCAGCUAGUGGAAUUUCAGUGCUUGUAGGCACUGUCUAGAAGUAUCAGCUUACUAUAAUCCAUUCCAUCAAUUCAAAACAUUAAAUUUUAUCAAGAUAUUUUUGAGUCCUUAAGUAUCUCAUCUGUAUGUGGCAAAUUCUAGGAAGUUUUCCUAGACUUCUUUGGUUGUUAGAGAACUGGAACUAGUAAUGCAACAAGAAAAUGUUUUCAUUUUUUCCUCUCUUAAUCAACAUUUAGGGUUUUUUUUAGGGAGGGUUGGUGUGUAUCUGAUUUUCAAAAUAAGAUGAGGUUCAUUUCAAGCUUCUCUGCUAGCUUAGAGUUGUGUGCUAACCACUGUUUGUAAAUUGUUUCUCUGUGGUGGACUAUUAACAUCCUGUAUCGUAUUACUUGCAUGUGUGUUCAGUUUUACAAAUUGAAAUAUUGCAAAAUAAGAAUUAUGCUAAAAUAAUGUACAGAUUGUUCUAAUGGGGUAGUUAUUUAUUUCCUUGCUGUAAACCAUUAGCAGUUCUCUUGCUAUAGAAAAGUACAUUUUAAGAGAUGAUCUUGUUUUUGUAGGGUCACUGACAGUGUAGCAAUUUAUCAGGUUUUCUGAUUAUUGAUCUGUUUUGCAUUAAAGUGAGAGAGAUGAGAUUUCCUUUCACGAGGAACUUGAAAAUUUGAAUUAAAAAUUGAAAUUUAUGUACACUUUUCAUCUAUGCUUUGUAUGAAUUCUGAGUAUCUCAGUGAUAGUAUUUUACACUUUCUGGGACUUUAUCAUGAAAUGGCGUGUGUAAUACUUAAUAGAAAAUGCAUAUUCCCCACUGUUGGAUGGUUUGCUGAUCUGAAAUUACCACAUUCACAAGUUUUAAAAUAGUAUGAAAAAAUCAGAUUCUUCAGCACUGAAGACAGACAUUAGUGUGUCAGCUAGUGUUUUUUCUCCCUCCUCUAUACUUGCAUCUUUCUAGCCAGCUUUCUUUAGAUUGCAUCGUUACAGCAAUCGGUGUGCAUGAAGGAAAUGGAGACAUGCAUAAUGUACGGCUUUUUGCAGAAAGCAUGUUUAUAUUUACUUACUUUGUUCAUUAAACUGAAUUGAAUGUGAA